GGCAGUUUGUCUUCGUUUCCACGGUUAGUCUAUCAAGGAGGCGGACUAGCAGGAAUUAUACUGAUUAUCCACGACGAAGCUGCAGUAUAAUGCAACCAGCCUGGCAGUGAUUCUAUGCGUGGGCUGAUUCAGGGAGCUGGGAAGUGUAGUUUCACAAUGGCAGAUGGAGGUAAUGACGAUGAUGUCAUACACCUGGCAAGCUUCAACGUCCACCGCAGUCAAGGCUCUUGUGCUCGUCAGAGGGAGCUUAUCACUAUUUCUGAUGACUCGGAUGAUGAGCCUGUGACUCUGGUACCUGGCAGUCCUGUUUUAGUUCCAGACGAUGCAGACGACGAUGAUGACGUCAGCAUACUGGAGCCACCAACUCCUGCACGCAAGCCUUUGAUUCGCCAAGCAGCCAUAUGGAGCGGGGCCUCGAAUAGCCGAAUUAAAGUUGAUCAAAGUAGCACAAACCCUGCUGUUUCCACAGGGGACCCCGGCUCAGCUCCCUCUACCUCCAGAGAUGCCAAGGUCAACCGACCAGCCAUACAUACACAGACUUCAGCUCGGUCUGGCUUAUCUGGACACACACUGCCACAACCUGGUCCAUCCACACAAACAAAGUCUCAACCAAAGCACCAAAAAUACUCACAGCAUCAGGACGGUACAUCAGCAUUAACAAAUGUGGAGCUCCAUGCAGUUCCGUCUGCCUACAUCCCAUCUACCUCCACAAAUGCCAAGGCUAGCGCCACCUCAUCCAAAACACCUUUGCUUUUUCAGCCCCGGCCAAGUACAUCUGGACUGUCACAGCCACCUGUUGGCUCUUCAGCACAUUUACCUGUUGAGCGCCAGGCGAGUGCCUCAGUCAGUGUUGCACAAUAUACUUGUGUAGCCACAGUGACUGCAUCAAGUUCUUCUGCAAACAUUGAUCAAAAGGCUAGUACGAGUAGCUCACUAGAUGGUACUCAGGCCAGUACGUCAUCUGCACAUCUUCAGUCUCACAAACAGACGCAGCCUCAGCCUGGAACAUCUGCACAGGUCCAGUCCACAUAUCUGCAGCAGCCUGGCCUCAUCCAGGUGAAAACUGUAAAGCUGCUUGUUCUUCCACAACAGCCAAGCAUCCAGGCUUCUUCUUUAGUAACGCAGUCCCAGCUGCAGCGUAGGCCCCAAAACCUACUGCAGCCUGUGUCUCACAAUCGAAUGCAGGGCAAUCUCAUUCAGAUCGAGCCACAACCCCUGGCUCAGGCCCCUGCCCAGCCUGCAGUCCGGCCCGCUCAAACCCCUCAGGUUAUACCAGUGGUCCCCCCUGCAGUUCUAAUAGCUGCAGCCCCAGAGAGACUAGGUCCUCCAGAGGCGGGUCACCGGAUCGUCUUGGGAAGCCAGUUGCCUGGAGCGGCAGCUCCCAAUCCUCAGCCGCAGGCUGGAACCUCUAAUGCAGCUCCACCAGCUCGCAGUCUCAAUAUCAGGGUGCUUAAUGUGAAUUCUAACCCCCCCGAUCCUCCAGCUGCCACAGCGUCAGUACCCCACAACAGGGAACAGGCUGGUCUCAUUCUAGCCCCAAACCCUCAACAAGAAAAUCCAGCCCCUGUUCUGGUUGCAGUCCCUGCUGCAGCUGAGGAUAUUCCGCAAAUAGAGGAUGCAAGACCUGGACCCUCUGCAGCACAAGAGAGACCAGAGCAGCAGCCUUUUGUUAGAACCCUUAUCAACGGUGUAUUGGAUCUAUUCCCAGACAUCCAAGACACCUAUGUAGCAGAACUGGUCUUAAAGAAUAAUGUGAAAGACUUGAAUGUUAUCUGUAACCUGCUGUUGGAAAAUCCAGAGUAUCCAAGGAGGGAGACAGCAGCAACCACAGCGGCUCCUACCAGCAUCCUGCUGGAGCCUGGAGACACCCAGGCAGAGGUGACUGAGGACUUGUUUGACUAUGCCAAGCUGAGCACCAUGGGAGCAGACGUUAUCAUGCAGGCUGCUGACUUGCUCAUGGCAGAUUUCAGGAUGCUCAGCUGCCAAGACAUCAAAUGGGCCCUAAAUGCCCUGAAGGGACACUAUGCAAUCACACGCAAGGCCUUAUGUGAAGCUCUGAAAAAGUGGCAGGAAUCAGGUGAUCCAUCAGGAAAGAGACGUCGGAGCAGGACCUCCUCGGAGCGCUGCUACGUUGAUUUUCAUUUUGAGCACGGUUCAGUGAAGUUGGACAGAAGGAUGUUUUUCUUGGAGAAUGAUCGUCGCUACUGCAGGACAUACAACAGUCUGGAAACUUCAGUGCAGAAGGAGCUAUCCUUCUAUCAGCAGAAGGCCAAGGAAUGGGCAGAGCAUGAAGACUUCCUGUUGGCUCUGCAGGUGAAUGAAGAUGAAUAUAAGGAGGGAGGUCAGCUGAUUGAAUGUGGCUGUUGCUACGGGGAGUUUGCAUUUGAGAAGAUGACCCAGUGUUCAGAUGGUCACCUGUUCUGUAAAGAGUGUCUGGUCAAGUACGCUCAGGAGGCAGUGUUUGGCUCCGGGAAGUCGGAGUUGAGCUGCAUGGAGGAGGGCUGCCCGUGCUCCUACCCCAUGUGUGAGCUGGAGAAGGUCCUACCAGAGAAUAUACUGUGUAAAUAUAACGAGAGGCAGGCGGAGGAGGCGGUCGCAGCCACCUGUGCUGAUGAGUUAGUGAGGUGCCCAUUUUGCAACUUUCCAGCCUUGUUGGACAAAAACAUGUCUUUGUUUAGCUGUCCCAACCCUCGCUGCCGCAAGGAGAGCUGCAGAAAGUGCCACGUGCAGUGGAAGCAGCACAUGGGGAAGACCUGUGAACAGGUUCUGGAGAGGGAUGAGAUUCGCAUGAGGGUGCUCUUCGAGGAGCGAAUGACAGCAGCACGGGUGAGGAAGUGUGUCAAAUGCGGAAUGGGCCUGGUCAAAUCAGAGGGCUGCAACCGGAUGUCGUGUCGCUGCGGCAGCUUCAUGUGCUACCUUUGUCGAGAAGCCAUCAACGGCUACAACCACUUCUGUCAGCACGCCCGCUCUCCCGGCGCUCCCUGCCGACACUGUCACAAGUGUUCCCUCUGGACUGAUCCCACGCAAGAUGAUGAGCGGCUCAUUCAGGAGAUCCAGAAGGAAGGUGAAGCCGAGCUAAAUAAGAAGUGCACAGAUAAUUCAGGGAAGAGAGUGGGCCCACCCCCAGAGGCCAUCACAGACUCCAAGAGGCCACGUGUGGGUCCAGCCCCAGAAAACCCACCCAAUCUGAACCCUGCUGCCCCUCCACACCCCCAGGCAGUACAAGCUCCCCUGUUUGUUCCUCCACGAGCCCGCUACCCCCCAGGUCCUAUACAGGGCCACUUGUACCACCAGAUCAUCAUACCCCGGCUGCCCCCGGCGCCCUACGUGCCCCCACUUCAGCACCUGCCUCCUUUGAACAAUAACAACCAGAAUAACCACAAUCCUCCCUUCCACCCUCAUCACCCCAACAUGGACCUGCCCAUGCACUACGGACCCCCACCACACUACUACAGACGCUACUAACACAGUCAGGCUUCUCAGCGCUGUUAACGUUUUCCUUUUUCAAUCACUCCAACUGUUUUCAUGUUUGUCUCCCAACAUGGCCUUUCAUUCAUCUGGUUUAACACUGAAACGAUGGGCGUAUCCGUGGAGACUCUUUGCCUUCUCCUGCUGAACAGAGGACUUGGAAAACUUAAGAAACUUCGCUUUGACAUGCUCAUAUUUUCACUCAUUAAAAAAUCUUGAGACAAAUAAUUUCCUGUUUAUACAGAUAUUUUUGAGUAAACUAUAUAAAGAAAAAAACUUGCUAGCAUUCCCUUCUGUAUUUUUUUGGCUAACGUGUGUGAGACCAGAGUUUUCUAAUAAAGUUUUCUGUUUAAAUUC